GAAUGGAAAGAAAAAAAAAUCUAAAUUACUAAAGCAGGCUUUGAUCCAAGCCUUCAAGUCUGUUCAGGACACGGAUCCAAGAGCUUUCGCCAGGUUGGAUCUGGUUGCCAAUCAACGGCGAGGCGUUGCACAAACAUUCAGGUACGUUGGGUGGUCAAUGGCAUAUCGAUUUCUACCCUCAAAGGCCUGUGCUUCAAUUUAAAAGUUGUUCUCGCCCAGCCUAAGAGCAACAUGUCAACCACGGAAGAAAAUGUGCAUGAUUGCAUCGUUGACGAGAAUCAAGACCAUGAGGAUCCAAACAACCUGUUCACUUGUGCCGCAGAUCAAUCUUGCUGUACCGUGGAUUUAAACCCCGCGUGUUGUGCCACCAAGGAUCUUCAGGAAGAAAUAAAGGAGCAAGUGAAGCUUUGGGUUCCACUUUUGGCCAUCAUAAUGGUUUUGGCCAUAUUCAUUUGGUGGUGUCGAUCUGACGAUUCAUGUUGUGAUGUGGAGAAGCCUUGCUUGUACAGAUUCGGUUGCAAGAAAUACGAAGAUCUAGAAGAGGAUGCUGAAACCGGUUCCCAAGUCUCGUUGAGAAGUGCCAAGAGUAGCACAACCAUCAUGAUUGGUGAUGACGAUCAAGGUCACGAUGCGGCUGAACUGGAACUGGCGGCCGAGAACCUGGAGGCGGUCCUGGAAGACGAACCUGAACUCGUGGAAGGGGAGGAUAUCAAGGAGCAAGAAAACAAAGAGGACGAGCCAGAAGGUGACGAUGAAGCCAAAGAAGACGGUGAGGCAAACGACGACAAGGAAGAAGAUGACACUGACGAGCCCAAAAAGGACGAGGAGGAGGAGGAGGAGAAGGAGAAGGAGAAAGCAAAAGAAGUUGAAGGAGACGCCUGAAUUUGGAAGAUUUAAUCUUUAGCUGGAAGAUGAUCUUUUGUGAUAUACAUAUAUUUUGUUGUAUGCAAUCGAAAAUAAGAAUCAAUAAAAUGAUAUCGAUUACAUGCGAA